AUGUCGUACUACUUCGCCAUCGUCGGCACGCAAGACAACCCGCUCUUCGAGUAUGAGUUCGGCACCUCCAAGCAGGGCGGCGACGGCCAGUCGCGCUUCAACGAGCAGAUCCGCCACCUGAACCAGUUCAUCCUGCACAGCAGCCUGGACAUCGUGGAGGAGGUGCAGUGGGCGCAAGGACAGCUAUAUCUCAAGGUCGUCGACAAGUUCUUCAACAACUACGUCUCCUGCUUCGUGACGGCCGGCAACGUCAAGUUCCUCCUCCUCCACCAGCCCUCGGCGCCCUCGAGCACGGCGUCGUCGCGGUCGUCGACGGCCAUCGGCGCCAACCCCACGAGCCCUGCGACCGAGGAGGCGAUCAAGAACUUCUUCCAGGAGGUGUACGAGAACUGGGUCAAGGCGACGAUGAGUCCGUUUUACAGGUUGAAUAUGGAGGUCAAGAGCCCGGUGUUCAGAGCGAGGGUGGCGGCUGCGGGAAGGAAAUACUUGUGA